UCAUCUGAAACUUUCAUAACCAUUUAUUCUUGUAUAAGAGAAAAAAUUUACGGUCUUAAACUGUAUUGUUUUUUUUCUUUUGUAUAUUUACAUGAACACUAAUCAACAGAACCGACAAUUUCGACAAUUUCCACGCCAGCCUUGGAACGACAGAGAGGAUACCAAUCUUAUUUUUCUAGUAGAUUUUAUUGGUAUAAAUUGGGCACGAAUAUCUAUUGUACUGGGAAGAAGUGCUUUACAAUGCAGGAGGAGGUAUCUUAGACUUUUAGCUCUUGACAAUAUAGAAAGGUAUCGAAGAAUAUUUCGUAGAAGAGUUAACCGAAGAUUUCGUCAAAGGCAUAAUCUAGUAUCUUUUCGAGGAUUUUUCCAAGGAAUUCAACUAUUAGCUCGACGAAAUAUCAUCCCGACUCGCGAUUAUAGAAUGGAUCUGAAUCAUAUUCUAAAUACAUCUCAGGAUCAUAGAAUGAAUAUAAAUUAUAUUUUGAGCGUGGAAUAAUAGAUCCAAAUUAUUUCGACAUUUACUUCAUCAUGAAAUUAAUUUAAUUUGUAUUUAUUCUUUGUAUAUCCUUCAAAAGUAUUAU